UUCAGCUACUGAAAUUGUGACUAUUUCUAUUUAAUUGUUUAAAAGGUUAUUAGGAAGGAAAAUGAUGGAGGAGACUUUUUAUGAUUUUGAACAGGACUCUGCAAUGGAUUUUUCAUUUUGGGGCCAGGCAGAUUCUAAUAGCCAGCUCCAAACUCAGAUGGAGAAUUUGCAAAUGGACUGUUCUUCUCUGACAGGCCAGGUCUCCCCUUGGCCUCCUCUUACGUACCGGUCUAUAUUUGCUGAUGCUCAGAUAUCACUCACAGAUGCAGAUGGACAAGCUCUGCAGUUAGAUGGGAGUGCUGAACUGGACAGCUCCUUAUUGGCCCAACCAGAGACAAGUGAGCAGCAUAAAACCCACAGGCUAAUCCCUGCUCACCCUUACAAAGUGCAGAGACAUGCAGCUAAUAUUAGGGAAAGAAAGAGGAUGCUCAGCAUCAACUCUGCUUUUGAUGAACUCAGAUGCCAUGUACCAACUUUCCCAUAUGAAAAGCGCCUCUCCAAAAUCGACACACUCAGGCUGGCCAUUGCAUACAUUGCACUGCUUAGUGAUAUCCUAAUGUCAGGCUGCGAUCCCAAAUCUUAUGUGGAACAGUGCAUGAAAAAUGGAUACCAAAGCCACAGAAACGCAGUAUGGAACACCAGUGGUAAGUGUGAGGCCUUGACUAACACAGCAUUUUAUUUUAAUUUUUUACAAUUGCAAUUUUGUUGUGGUGGUGUGAAAUCAGUUCAGUGGAUGCCGCUCAAGUGGAUAGCCACAGGCCUAAAGAAAAGCUGUGCACUUAUCUGA